AUGCCUCUGACAAUCCCUCGCGAAUUCAAGCCAUUCUUGCGCGAUGGUGACAAUGCUAUCACAGCUACAGAUGCACGCUCUCUCGCCUAUGACGGUCAAUUUGUUUUCACUUCGCCCAACAUGACUUUCGUCCCACAACUAUACGACAAUCCUUCCAAUAUCGUGCAAGCGAGGGCGGAUGGGAAGUUUUGGGCGAUGGAUCCUUUCCAGUGGCCUCAAAUGUACGCAGAUGCUUACACCUGGAGCUUUACCAUUCCGCGACGCGAAUUCCACGAGCCUGGCACUGACCUGUGGUAUGCUUGGUGGUCGCCAGUUUUUUCUGACGAUUUUGAGCCAUUAUCUCCCGGUCAUGUCUUUGGCAAGCUAAAGUCCACCCACCGUGAACACCUUUUUCGACUCUACGAGCGGGCUAAUAAACGUGUCGGCUCCUACAAGCUAUUCCGAGAACACAAGCAAGACGCGGUUGUUGGGUGGGUCACCGGGUUGCGCUCUGUUUUUGAGCGCUUCAAAGAGACACUGGCUUGGCGAGAUAUUGUGAUGAUCUUGGCCGAAUUUCAGAGGAGAUUCCUGGAGAUAUGGAGCAUGAUGGAUUACCUCGAGAUUUUUGAGCCGCGGUUGAAAUUCGAGGACAAGAACCAUGGGGUCAACAAGACUUGGAUGGGUUGCUUCACCAAAGACUCCGCUAUUGCGUUGAGGCUCCACAAGGCUGGUGUACCUGUGUGGUUGAUACGAGAUGUUAGGCUUGUCGAUAAUAAGGUCAACAUCCGCCAAGUCGUUCCCUUCACUCCUGCCGACCUCGGUCCAAGCGAUCAUCAACGCCAGGCUGCGGUUCGUCAACCGUACCUUACUUUUGAAGAGAUCCCCGUAGAUCAAACCGAAGUCAAUCGCCUUGCAGUUUCUAGAGAGCCGUCAUCGGGUAAAGCGCCUGCCAAGAAAAUGAACAAGUCUACAGCAUAUGAACCAACUGCUCUGCGUCAGAACCAAUCUCAAGUUGGACGUGACAAAUGGGCCGAUGUGGUUCACCCAUUCAUGCCCAGUAUCAACACCUUUUUCGCAUCGGCCAUGAGUCAAGCAGAGAAAGACUCGAGUCGGGUCAAACCAACCCACGCAAGAAUGGAUGAGGGAUACAGGCUCCCCGAUCCUGGUUUAUUUGUCAACGUCCUUUCCUCGCAAUCUCUGAAGAAAUAUCUCGCAAACUGGCUGGCAUGCCGUGAGUCGUGGCUGAAGCAUGUUUACGUGUCGCCUCCAUCUCCGCUCCCUCGGUCCCAAAACUGGCGUGAUCUAUUGAUCAUGCAGCCUACACCACAGCCCUCGUCGUCAAGUGGUCAGAUGCCAUCAGGCAAGACUGGCAAGUCCAAAGCCAAGCUUGGCUCGUUCUUCGGAGAUGAAUUGUCACUUCUACGCCAGUUUUGGACUGGCUCCCAGAUAUUGCAAUGGAGGGGUCAAAAAAUCGAAGCUGCAACGCUUGAGAACCCGCCGCAUCGUCUCGUUCAAGAGAUCAUUUACGAGAUUUGUGAGCAAAGCUUCCGAUAUGACCUUCUAGAACUUGAUGAACGUCUUGCUCGUCACAUGCGACGGGAUCGAGAGGCGAGGAAGUGUCGCAUGGAUUUGCUCCGUGGAAUCUUUCCUCAGCAUUCCCUCACUAUGUGGGACAAGGAUUUCUCGACUCGGAAUGAUGGACUUAACGCUGAAUCUUUCCAAGAUGCUCUAGCAUUUUUCGAGAAAUUUCGUCAAGUGUUGAUCGCAUGGGAAGGUGCUCCUCAAGAUAUCAAACAGCCUUUCACCGAGUCGAUGCCCGAGGGAGAGAAGUGGCAACACAUGAAGCAAUGUGCUCUUUUUUACGUACAAUCGUUUUACGAUAACACAGGUCGUCCCCCGGUGGUCCCUCAUAUGCUUUAUGUGGGUGCAUAG